AUUUGAUUGGCUGAGAGGAGCGAAAGGAAAGGAAAGGGUAUUACCAUUUUUUUCUCUUUUCUUUUCUCAACUCGACAUAUGUCUACUUACAAGGCUGAAAACUUCCCCACACUUCAAAACGACCUUAUUCUUCGCGUUUCUCGAGGCGAGAAGGUUGAGCGCGCUCCUGUCUGGAUCAUGAGACAAGCUGGUCGUUACUUACCUGAAUUUCAUGAAAUAAGAAAGGAACAUAGCUUUUUCGAAGUCUGUCGUACUCCAGAACUUGCUUGUGAACUAACCCUUCAACCUAUUCGUCGUUAUGGCAGUCUCCUCGAUGCCUCCAUCAUUUUCUCUGAUAUUCUAGUGAUUCCUCAAGCUAUGGGUCUUGAAGUAUUAAUGGUUGCCGGCAAGGGACCUGUAUUCACUGCUCCUCUUGAAACGCCCGAGGAUUUCUCUCGUUUGACUGAGAACGUUGAUGUAGACAAAGAAUUGGGGUAUGUUUACCAAGCCAUCACAUUGACACGUCAUAAGCUCGAAGGUCGUGUGCCCUUGUUUGGUUUCGUUGGUGCUCCAUGGACUUUGAUGGCUUAUAUGAUUGAAGGCGGUGGAAGCAAAACAUUGGCCAAGGCAAAGAGUUGGUUAUGGAAGUAUCCUAAAGAAUCCCAUGCUUUAUUACAGCGCAUUACAGACAUUGCCAUUGAAUUCUUGGUUGGUCAAGUAAGAGCUGGUGCUCAGAUGCUCCAAGUAUUUGAGUCUUGGGGAGGUGAACUUUCUCCUUAUGAUUUUAAAGAAUAUUCUCUUCCUUAUAUUCGACAAAUCUCAACCAAGGUCAAAGAACGUUUGGCUAAAGAAGGAUUAGAUGCUGUGCCCAUGACAGUCUUUGCUAAAGGUUCUUGGUACGCUCUUUCUGAUCUAUCUGAAUCUAAUUAUGAGGUUGUCUCUCUCGACUGGACAAUUGAUCCUGCUUAUGCUCGUCAAAUGACAAGCGAUAAAGUUGCUCUUCAAGGCAACAUGGAUCCCACUGCUUUGUAUGGUGGUUUUGAUGCUAUUCGUGAAAUUGCUACACGUAUGAUUCAUGCAUUUGGUAAGGAUUCUAAGCAUAUUGUCAACUUGGGUCAUGGUAUUUUACCCACCGUUGAUCCUGAAGCCUUGAAGGUCUAUUUGGAAACUGUUCAACAAGUUUCUGCUGAAAUUAGAAAAUAAUUUUGUAAACUAUAGAGUUUCUUGUAUUAUAGCAUUUUGAAAAGAAAAGAAAAAUAAAAAGUGU